AUGGCGCCUGUCAAGCCGUCCGUACGGCAAUUUAGCUCCUGUUUCCGAUGCGUGCGCGGCGAUGUAUCGUUCAAUGGCGCGCCUCGGCGGUUCUUCUCUUCCUCAGCAGCUGCCCGCGAAGAGCUGCAGACGACAUCCUCCUCCACUCCACCACCGCCGCCGCCACCCUCUUCCACCCCGGCAGCCCCUGCGAAAGAUGCGGAAGCGCCAAAAGAAACCCCAGAAUACAUGAAGGAAUGGGGUGAAUUGGACCCAAACGCGGUAGAAUUGAAGCGCGACGAGCGUCGCCUGAUCCGAAGAGAAGGAAUCCAACCAAUUGGUUCUCGGCGUCGCCGUGCCAUCAUCGCUCGUACAGCGGCUGCGAAGGCCGAGCAGAUCCCAUUCGAGCAACUCCCGUACCAAUGCUUUCAGGAGGCUCGAAAAGUCCUGCUGGCGGACCGCGAAGAGAAGCUGAAGGAAAUCAAAACGCAGAUUACGAGGAUAGAGAAUUUGAAGGCGCAAGACCCGGUUGUGAGCGGUGGACAGGUCAAGAAGGAGACGAGAAUGAGGAGUAUGCAGAAUCACCUGAACGAAUUGGUCAUUCUUGCCGACAUUAACGACCCGGUGGUCAAGAAGAAGUUUGAGGAUGGAGAGGGUGACAUGAAUAAGCCCAUCUAUCGCUAUCUGGCAGACCAGAAGUGGCGCAAGUACAAGCGUCUCGUCGUCGAACAGCGUAUAGAGCAGUUCAACCUCGUUCCGGAUCUUUUGCCUACCUUUGAUCCUAUUGCAGACGUCGACCUUGCCUUCGGUCGAAAGAAUGUUCCUAUCGGUGACUUCGUCGACUCAGCCGUUAGCGAGAACCCGCCACGCCUUAACGUACAAACUUUUGAGCGAGGCCAGAAGCUGGUAACGGUGGUAAUGGUAGAUGCUGAUGUGCCUAUCCCUGAGAAGGAUAGUCUCACGUACCGGUGCCACUUCAUUGCCUCAAACAUUCCCAUCGCGCCCGACCAAACGUCCGUUCCGCUGAACCUUCUUCAGCAGCAGUCUCGAAAGACCAAGAAUGUGGAGGAGCAAAAGGUAGCGCUGUCCUGGUCCGCCCCGUGGGCUCAUAAGGGCGCGCCGUAUCACCGCAUGGCUAUCUUUGUCCUGGAGCAAAAGGAUGCGCAGGCGUUGAAUAUCUCCGAGAUCAGAAAGAACGAGAAGAGGGACGGCUUCAUCUUGCGAAGUUUCGUUGACAGAAUGAAGUUGAAGCCGAUUGGCGUGACUUUAUUCAGAACCAAGUGGGACGAGAGCAUGGAAGGCGUCAUGAAGAGAAAUGGUUUGAAGGAUGAGGUCAAUGUUGAAUUCAAGCGCAAGAAGAUAGAACCGCUACCGUACAAGAGGAGGACGGAACGCAUGCGGUAG